AUGGAGACGCACGAGCUAAACAGAAUAAACCAAGACAAGGCGUACGUUGACCCUGAACGGCUGCUUCGCAACGUCACGAUGUUGAUGGACUCUAACCCCAUCCGCACGGCGCUGGAAGUGUGCAAACAACUCGUGUCAGAGUCCGUAUACGCGGUGAUUGUGUCGCACCCUUUGAACGGGGACCUGUCUCCGGCUGCCGUAUCCUACACCAGCGGCUUCUACCACAUCCCUGUCAUCGGCAUCUCUUCCAGGGACAGCGCUUUCUCUGAUAAGAACAUCCACGUAUCGUUCCUGCGGACGGUGCCGCCGUACAGCCACCAGGCGGACGUGUGGGUGGAGCUCGUCAAGACGUUCCAGUACUCGCAGGUGAUCUUCGUGCACUCCUCUGACACCGACGGCAGGGCGCUGCUCGGUCGCUUCAGGAACAACGCCCAGAACCACGAGGACGACAAGGACAUCAAGGUGGAGAUGGUGAUCGAGUUCGAGCCUGGCCUGAACGAGUUCGUGGACCACCUUAGUGAGUUGUUAUCCUCUAUGCAGAUUGUUAUCCUCCUAUAUGCAGACAAGCAAGACGCCGCUAAGAUCUUCCACGACGCGUCCUACUUCAACAUGACCGGCCAGGGCUACGUGUGGAUAGUCACCGAGCAGGCGCUCUCCAGCAAGGGCGUGCCCGUGGGCACCGUGGGCCUCAAGCUCGUCAACGCGUCUAACCAAGACGCUCACAUCACCGACAGCUUGUAUGUGUUGGCGGGCGCUCUAAAGAAGCUGCACGAGAAAGAGAACACCACCAACAGUCCCCCUAAGGACUGCGAUAACACCGGCAGCCAUUGGGAGACUGGCAAGGUUUUGUUCAAAUACAUCCAGAACGAGGUGUUGGAGAACGGACUCACCGGGAAGGUGGCGUUUGACGAGAGCGGUGACCGCAUCAACGCGGAGUACACCAUCAUCAACAUACAGGAGGAUGAGUCAUCACACACCAAGCGCAAGGGCGUUCCUGUCGGCGAGUUCAUCUAUAAUAAGACCGAGAAAUCCAUGACACUCGACGUAGAUGUGAGCGCCAUCAUCUGGCCUGGCAACACGUCUGUCAAGCCACAAGGCUACAUGAUACCUACCAAGCUCAAGGUUUUAACAAUCCACGAGAAACCCUUCGUGAUCACGAAACCAAUCAACAGCCCCGCGGAAUGCAUGGGUGAUGGCAACGUUCCUUGUCCAUGGUUCAACACCACAGGCGACGUGGACAAGCUAUUUUGCUGUAGCGGCUACUGCAUCGACCUCCUCAUUAAACUCUCGCAGAAAAUUAACUUCACCUUCGAGCUCGCGCUCAGCCCUGACGGGGAAUUCGGUUCUCUCGUCAUGAAGGAGAACUCGACCAAGAAAGAGUGGACGGGUUUGAUCGGCGAACUCGUAAACCAGACACACGGCGCUGACAUGAUAGUGGCGCCUCUCACCAUCAACCCAGAGCGCGACCAAGUCAUCGAGUUCUCGAAGCCCUUCAAAUAUCAGGGAGUGACCAUCCUAGAGAAAAAGCAACCAAGAUUGUCGACGCUCGUGUCGUUCUUACAACCGUUCAGAAACACGUUAUGGAUCCUGGUUAUGGUAUCCGUGCAUGUGGUUGCCGUGGUACUCUACUUACUCGACCGCUUCAGUCCGUUUGGGAGGUAUCGCCUGGCAGGCGCUGAGGCUGCGGAGGAAGACGCCCUCAACCUCAGCUCGGCCGUGUGGUUCGCUUGGGGCGUCCUCCUCAACAGCGGCAUUGGGGAAGGUGAGCGUUCCCCUCUUCAUUUACGUAACCCCAUGGAGAACUUCACGUACGCCACGGUCAAGGGUUCCUCCGUGGACAUGUACUUCAGAAGGCAAGUGGAGCUCAGCAACACUGUCUCUUAUACACAUCUAGAUGUGUAUAAGAGACAGGUGUCAUGUGUCCUGGAGUGUGUCAUGUGUCCUGGAUUACGUAACCCCAUGGAGAACUUCACGUACGCCACGGUCAAGGGUUCCUCCGUGGACAUGUACUUCAGAAGGCAAGUGGAGCUCAGCAACAUGUACAGAACCAUGGAGGGCAACAACUACGACACGGCUGAUGAGGCCAUUGAGGCUGUCAAAAGAGGGGACUUGAAGGCAUUUAUCUGGGACAGCUCAAGGCUGGAAUACGAGGCAGCACAAGACUGCGAUUUGGUGACGGCGGGCGAACUUUUCGGUCGUUCAGGCUACGGCAUCGGCUUGAGAAAAGGUUCACCGUGGGCGGAUCGAGUGACGUUAUGUGUCUUGGAGUUCCAUGAGAGCGGCUACAUGGAGGAGCUCGAUAACAAAUGGAUCUUGCACUCGCCCAACGACGACUGUGAUACGAGCGACAAGGCGCCCGCCACGCUGGGGCUCAAAAACAUGGCUGGGGUGUUUAUCCUCGUAGCCGCGGGGGUUGGCAUAGGAAUUGGUUUGAUUAUUAUAGAAAUUGUGUACAAAAAACACCAGAUCAAGAAGCAGAGAAGACUUGAAUUGGCUCGACAAGCUGCCUACAAGUGGAGAGGCUAUAUAGAGAAGCGCAAGAACGAGCGCGCGUCCAUGCUCCUCCAGCGAAGGAUCAAAUCCAACGGCCUGAACGAUCCGUCGUUAAUAUCGCUGAGUCUGGAGGCGGCCCACCUGGGGGCGGCGGGCCGGCCCGACAGCGGCGGCAUGAGCUCUUUUCCUCCGACAGCUUCGGCCAUCGCCGCGUCGGCGGUGGCAACGGGCGGCGCAGCAGCGGCCAUGCAACUACCUACCAUGCUACCACCUCCUCCAGCGCCCCCUAUGUCCAUACCUUUGUCUUCUCCAAUGUCUUUACCUCUGGACGUUCCUCCUGCUCCAGCACCUCCCUCCUCCAGAAGAGCCAACGACCUGCGGCAGCGGCAGGUCUCUACCCUUGAGGACAGAUUGCCACCGCCUCCUCCACCUCCUGCUGGGGUGGACGCGCAGAGAUUUGUGUCUUCAUACAAGAGUCUUUAUGGUCCUGAUCGACCUGACUUGGUGGCGUAGCAUUAUGUUCCCUAGCGAAGUGUCAGUGGCGUUCUCCCUGACGUCAUGCGGCUAUAGUUUUCCCACAAUGGGACUCUUUUGGCAUUAAGCGAGGCUGAUUUCUUUAGGCUAUUGUGCUUUAUAAACUUCUAACGAUGUGCGCAUCUUGUCUUGCCUCUACGUUGCCCUCUUGUUAAGCAGCCAAGAGAUCUUGGAUGAUUCCGUGACCGUUGUUCGCCUUCAUCUACAAUUUUGUUCACGACGAUCACGGCCUGCGACACAACAGAAAAUAUUGCAUUGCGAGAUAAGAAGCAAGAGGUUCGAGAUGCGAGAAGCAAACUAUGCUUACGUUGUGUAGUGGUGUCGCUUUUAACUCGAUUCUGUUAGCUCUUUAGAUAGAAGGAUCUAACAUUGUUACCGAUACGCUUAUAAAUGUACUGAGUGACUGAUAGAGUGGGUGGAGGUACUGGUGGUCGAGCUCUUUUGAAGUAUUUCAUUUUUCUUCAUUGGUUAUUUCUAUCUUACGGUUUGUUAAUUUCUCCGCUCCUGAAGCGCAAUUGAGAGCAAAAACGUAAGAACUCCAAGGCUCUACGAUUGUUUCUCAGGCGCCCACACAUAAUGUGUUAAGCUCGUCUCCAAAAGGGCUUCCAGUAUCGUCCAGACCACCAAAGUUAUUGUGUAGGUGUAGCUGAACAAACUGUACAUUUGUUGGCUCGUGCUUGUGUGAGAGAUGGAUCUCGUAUCUUAAUGAGAUCAUUUCUUGAAGCGGUGCCAGUCAUGUCCCGUUAAUGCCAACAAUAAUUAAUAACUCAAGAGCGACUGACUUGUGCAAUCCAUGUUUGUAAUUUUGUGUAACUUAGUCUGGCCGUGAGAGGCUAGCAGGCUGUACAUAAUGAUUGCUUCAAGCAAGUGUGUUCAGUGUGUCGCCCACGCCCGCAUUUUACAAGAGAGUAUAGAAACCUGCUUGGGGUUUAAACAGGCUUGAGAACCCGGUAACCUACGUUCAAAUUACUCAAAGUUUUAUAAGUGAAGCGGUCCCAAUGAGUGUAAAUUGAGCCAGUCCUUGCAGUAAUUUUCUAGGAAUGGAAACAGGUCGCAACGUCAAAGAAUGUGACAUGGUAAAGCCAUGUUAUGGCUCCUCUCCUGAACUUGUCGCUGGAUUAGCUCCGGGCUGAAAGCAAAGAGAGAAAUCGAGGCUAACCAUACAAUGCCGUGAGUUUUUGGUUGUCUAAAGGAUGGUGCAGGUAUAUAUUUUAUCGUGCAAAGCUGCCUGUGUGUGGAGAUGUGAUCCAUAUUGCCAUCUUGAUUGCAGCUAACACUUUGCGGCGCCCUGGUUAAAUCCUAUCAUCCUAGCGAUGCAAGAUCAGUUUGGUCAGAUCCCACCAGCUCUGAUCAGCUCUGAGCAGCUCUGACCAGCUCUG